GAUCGGUUUACAAACUCUCACAGAUUUGAUUUGAAACGGAAAACCGAAAUUGUCGGCCCGGUUUAAUAGGUUUCUGCCAAACCGAAUGUCACACUUUUAAGUUCUCUAUUAGUCAAGGGAAGCCAAAACGUUGUUUCAGCAUAUAUAUAUAUAUAUAUACGUACAAAUUUGAAACGACGACGUUCGUUUCAGAGUAGUGUAUCUCUUCAUCUUCUCUUCUUUGCAUAAAAAACAGAAAUUCUAAUCAGGGUUUAUCGUUUACAUCGCUCUUGUCUCCCCUAAGUCCACUCGAGGAGGAUAGGCCUUUUUUCAUCAUCUGAGUCUGUUUGAUUCGGUUAAGGAUGGAGGAAUUGAGCCAAAUCUUGAAGAACAAUAGGACGGAUGAUCUCACUUGGUUUUGCUCUCUCUCAGAAUCUGAACUGGAUUUGCUCAUCAGCUUAAAGAAGUUAGCCACUCAACGCGCCAUAAUAAGUGGUCACCAAGAACUAGCUGACAAAUUUGAUCUUAAGUUGCUCCGAGCUCUAGGGCUUGUGCUAAUGGAGAAUGUAAGAAAAAAGAUAGAAGAUGAUACUUGUCUUGCCCCAAGUGUUGUUCAUCAACUCAGCCUUUUGGAUAGUUGUAACUUGGUGGAAACGCAUGUAGAUGGUACUAUAGGCACUGAGGAGAUUCUGUCUGAAAUCUGCAACAAGAAUUCAAAAAAGAAAUCACGGAAAAGGAGGCGGUCCAAGUGAACUCGGCAUCUCAUGUCCACUGUUUUGCUCGGUUCUGGUCGGUGUGGCUCAGACUAGCUCGGAACAGAGAUUUAGUUUCUUUAAUUUUUAUAAGAUGAUCUUCCCGAUUAUGCCAUGCAGUGUUAUCGUUUUAUAUAACAUCUCAUUGUUUCUUCUGCCUUUUUGUCUUUUGUCCAUCGCCAGAUAUGCUUGUGCUUGACAUAUCGAUUAUGUAGAUCUUUGGUGUGAGAAUUUUAAUUUGCCGGAACUCUUGGUUCAAAUUGGUACGACAUAAUUGAUCUUGGUA